AUGGGAAAAGGAGGAGCUUUGAGCGAGGGUGUACUGAAGAAGAUCCUUCUCUCCUACUCAUAUGUCGCCAUCUGGAUCUUCCUCUCCUUCACCGUCAUCAUCUACAACAAGUACAUUCUUGACCGCAAGAUGUACAACUGGCCUUACCCGAUCUCCCUCACCUUGAUCCACAUGGCCUUCUGCUCCUCCUUGGCCUAUCUCCUCGUCCGCGUCUUCAAGCUCGUUGACCCUGUUUCCAUGUCCUGGGAUCUCUACUUCAAAUCCGUCGUCCCCAUUGGCCUCCUCUAUUCCCUCUCUCUCUGGUUCUCAAAUUCCGCUUACAUUUUUCUCUCUGUUUCCUUCAUUCAGAUGCUCAAAGCCCUAAUGCCCGUCGCCGUCUAUUCCAUCGGGGUUCUAUUCAAGAAGGAUCCUUUCAACACCGAGACCAUGGUCAAUAUGGUUUCCAUUUCGGUCGGGGUCGCCAUUGCCGCUUACGGCGAAGCCAAAUUCGAUACCUGGGGAGUUAUUCUGCAACUCGGCGCCAUCGCAUUUGAGGCCACCAGAUUGGUCAUGAUUCAGAUUCUCCUUACUUCUAAGGGUAUUACGCUUAAUCCCAUCACUUCCCUUUAUUACGUCGCCCCCUGUUGCUUGGUUUUCUUGAUUGUGCCUUGGGUCAUUGUUGAGUACCCAGUCUUGAAGGAGAAUUCCGGUUUCCAUUUAGAUUACAUAGUCUUUGGGACUAAUUCUUUAUGUGCAUUUGCUCUCAACCUUGCUGUUUUCUUGCUUGUGGGCAAAACUUCUGCUUUGACUAUGAAUGUUGCUGGAGUGGUCAAGGAUUGGCUGUUGAUUGCCUUUUCAUGGUCUGUCAUUAAGGACACUGUCACCCCUAUCAAUCUCUUUGGAUAUGGCUUGGCUUUCUUGGGUGUGGCCUACUACAAUCACUCCAAAUUGCAGGCGCUUAAGGCUAAGGAGGCACAGAAAAAGCCUCUACAGAGUGAUGAGGAGGAAGUUGGCAGGUUAUUGGAGGAAAGAGAGGGGGACAACAAUGUAGCUAAAAAGAAUGAAUCACAGGCUUGA